GCAACAUUUACUGUUUCGUUGAACGAUGCGGUUAGAAGACGCUUUCUCAAGAAUUAUUAGUUUUGUUUGAUAAUUACGCGCCUAUUUUGGUGAUAACAAUUUCAGUGUUGUAACAAUUGUGUUAGUGGAUUAUUUACAGUAAAAAACGUGAAAUGAGUCAAAUGGUGACGCGCCAACGGACGGGGGAUGAAAAAGAGAAGCGACAAACAGACAGUCCAGUGAAAGAUAUGAAAAAGAAAAUGGCGGCCAACGCUGAAAAGGAAAAGAACGCCGCAGAACAAGCCACCAGCAAGCCUGCAGAAAAACCCUCAGAUAAACCCACAGAUAAAACAGAUAAACCUGCAGAAAAGCCCGCGGAUAAACCGAAGGCAGCUGAGAAGCCAGUUGAUAAGAAAGAUAAAGCACCUGAGAAGCCAAAGCCAGUUGAGAAGAAGGAUAAACCUGCUGAGAAGAAGGAGGGACAGAGUGAAAAGAAGAAGGAAGAGAAUGGCAAAGGAGAGAGCAGUGGAAAGAUAGAGAAACCAGCAGCAAACGGCCGCCCCAAACAGAACGGCAGCACCACCACAAACGGAACGGUGAGUCCCGACUCGGACUCGAUAUCGGACGCUGAUGAAACGGAACAGUUCCCGGAACUGGCUUACGACGAUUCUGAUGUGGACUGGGAGCCAGGCAUGGAUUGUCCUAGCCGGAGCUUCACUAGGCGCGAACAGGUGAAGGCGACUCGGACACCGGAGACGCCGCGACCGGCCUCAGACAAACAGGAGACAGAUGAAUCAAAGGAACCGAAGGUUCUGAAACUCACAGAUUCAGGCAAAGACACGCCGAAAGACAGGAAAUCGGACGCCAAAUCCGAUGCCAAAUCGGAAGCUAAAUCGGACCCAAAAUCGGACGGAAAAUCUGCAAAAUCGGACGCUAAAAAAGCGGAGACGCCAAAGAAGGAUGAAACUGUAAAAGCGGAUGCUAAGAAAGAUGUGAAAGAAUCUCCCAAGAAGGGGGGGAAGGAGGAUAAGUCUGAGAAAGUGGAAGUCGAGGUGGUUGUGGAGAUCGAGAAUAAUGGAGACGCGUCAGAAGAAUCCCGCAAGCCAGACACGAACUUCUCAAAGUCGCGGGUCAAGGUGUCCCCGUACCGCCGGAGUAUGCGUCUCGCAGACCAGACCACCAGCUCCAUCGCUGCCAACUAUACUGGCAACAACACGACCAUGGAGAUGGACAUAACAGAGACGUCCUCAUUCAUGGACGACACGAUGGACGACAGCUACUUGAGCGGUCUCCGCUCCAUAAAGGGCCGCCGCAGCUACAAACUGCUCAAGGACAUGCCGCCGAGGACCGCCAGCGCCAAUAGGAGUGUCCGCUCCGUCACUAGCAUCACAGUAUCCGAGACAUCGUCGCGUCCCACCGCUCCCGUGGUCGGCCGCAAGCGCAAGCCCGAGCCCGAAGACAACAUCUCCAUCGCCACCGAGGCACGAGAGGCCGACAGUCCCGUCGGGAAGAGGCAAAGACUGCUCGAGAGGCUGGCUCGGCCUUUCAAGAGAACCGUGCUUAUGCCUGCUAGGAGGAACGCUGAGAUCGUGGGCAUCAACACAGACUUGCCUCUAACAGCUCCAGUGGCCUCCACCUCGAGCUUCGACCCCGAGACCCUGAAGACGACCCCCGCAGACAUACAAGCCUCCCCCGCGGCUCCACCCGUGCCCACCGCGCCUACUGCGGAAGACGCCAAACGGUGCGUCAUCAUGUAAACUCGAAAUAUAUCGUGCGUUCCACGGAAUUGUUCAACUUGUGUCCCGUACAUUGUACAAACAUUUUUAUUAGAGUUCCUCAUUCUCGGAGGAACUCGGAAAGAAAUCCAAAGGGGUUCGGAAAAUGUUCAGAAAAUUUGCAAAAAAGGACUCCCUCGGAACCAAUGUGACUCGCGAGCGAAGAAGCUCCAUGUGUGUCGUCACGCCUUGUCCGACUAUAAAGUAUAAAAAAAGUGUUGGGAAAGGACAUGUUCGUGGAAUGUCCCAUUUAUGGAUCUAAGAAUUAUUGGACUGAAACCUUAACCUCCUAAGACCCCGCGUACAAAUUUCUGUACAUAUUCCACAAUCUAUUUUGAACUUUUAUUGUGUAACUAAGGGUUCUAAAUUCAAGAACAAAACAACUUCGGAUGACCGAACGGGAUAGUCUUAUGUAUCUUUCAGUAGGACUAGCAGCGAAAGCGCUAUUAUUGUUUGUCCUUGUCACAGUCUCACAUUUUUUUUCCCCACCGUAAAUUUAGUAUGAAUUAUGGUGGGCAACAAAUAAAUUCGACCAAUGAUAGUGUCGCAUUGCGUAUGUUUUGUCCCUCACAGAGGUACGCGUAUACCACUUCUAUAGGAUCCUACCUUCUAUGUUAAGUCCACUAGCUCUUUGAUUCACAUAGGCGGCGUUGCUCUGGGCUCUGCAGAUACGAUUUAUAUGUAAUAAAUAAUACCUUCGAAUAAUUACUAUGUUUCAUUAUUAUAUACCUACUUAUAAUGUCGAGUUAUGUUAUGUACUGUCCCAUUAUUAUAAUUGAUUUCUAUAUGUAAUUAAAUCAUUAUUAUGUAUUCCCAGAGCUCGCUAGUAGAAUAUAUAAUAAAGUAAAUAUAUAAUUUGCAUUGUAAAUAGUUCAAAUUUAGUUUAGAUCACGCAUAGUAUAUGAAACAAUGAGAUAUAUU